AUGGCAAAGCUCAACAUCAACUUCCUCAGCUUCCCUGCUCUCAUGAUGAUCGUCUUGUUGGUUUCUAAUGGAUUACCAAAGGCGGAAGCGCAAACAUGCUUUAAAGGCGAAGCUCAGGAGGGUGUGUGUGUUCAAGUUGACGGCGGAGCACUGUGUAACGUUGCUUGCAAGGUACUCAAUACAACUUGGUCUGGUUUAUGUGAAGAAGAAGACAACGAGUUACACUGUCACUGCUACGGACCUUGUUAA